UGCUCCUUUGCAUCUUCUUCCCUCCUUUCUUCUUUCUUUCAGCCAACCCUUUUAAUUAUAUACUGAUUUCUCUGCAUUAUCAGAUACAAGUUCAUUGAUAGGUACUGUUCUUACAAUAAAUGGAUGAAGGUGACGAUAAAUACAAUAGACACCCCAACUAUUUCACGUACGAGGUGCGUCAAUUCAGUAGUUAUGUUCCAAAUGGCGACCCCAAGCGACAUGCCAAACCACCGCGAAGGUUUUUCCCAGUACCACGAGAUCCAAACGAGCAAUUCAUGCCGACCUGGCUAGUUCGUACAUCCGAUUUGCAACUUGUUCGGGGCUGCACUGUCAACGAGGAAUACUGCACGCUUUCUUACUCUUGGAAUCAGUCCGGGGAGAAUAUCGUUGACAAAGAAACAGGGAAAAGCAAGCGCGUCGAUAAUGGCAAACACGAGAUCAUCUAUCCAGCCAGGACAAUACGACGAUCGCCACGAGGACGAAAACGCCUUGCCCGUCAACUUAAACUGGUCAAGUUUGAGCAACUCAUCCAGCAGAUCUGCAAGGACUUUAACGUAAAGUACAUUUGGUUCGACCAAAUGUGUAUCAAUCAAAAUGACAAGGAAGAGAAGAAGCGCGAGAUCAAACAAAUGCAUCGUAUCUAUAGCAACGCCUACUGCACCUUGAUACUGAUGCCCGAGCUUCAAAUGAGCGCACUCUACUACAAAAAGAAAUGGCGCGAACAUCUGGUGGAUUUUGAAAAGAUACUAGGCUCUCAAUGGAUGAAGCGCAUGUGGACGCUGGAAGAAGCAUUAUUGUCGCCAAAAUUGCUUUUCGUUGGUCGGGAUGUCCAUGCUUGGUGGUACGUGCAACGCGAGUUUUCAGUGAUACGCGAUAUUUGUCAGCGACCAGCACGAUGGAAUGUCAACACGGUGUUACGCUAUGCGCAUAUACGCACAAGCACCAAAGCGCACGACCACGUCUUUGCUCUGGCCAACAUUUUUUCCGACCUUAUGAACAACAUUUCUGUCAGUUAUGAUCAGCCAGCACUGGAUGUGAUGGUGCAGUUCUACGGUCUUUUGGCCAUGAAGAAUUUGAAUAUCCUCUGCUUCCGUAAACCUCAAGGAGGGUUCGCACUUGGAGACGACGACGUAGGUGGCCUCGGUUUCAGCGAACAAACCCAGUGGUAUCACGAUGUUCCCAUUAGAAAGUUUGAUUUACCGUCAUGGACUGGUAUCGCUGGAGAGCAUUUGCAAGACCCAUCUUUGAAGACUUCUUUUACAAAUUACAGUAUCAGCGGCAGAUCUUUGCAAGUAACGUGCAGUGCGCUUACUAUGAGCGACGACACAAUUAGAGAGAUAAAUUCCUCCACAGAAGCAGGACAAGAUGGGGACGGAUACUAUGACGUCGACGAGGAUGUUGACGCUGUUCCAGAAGGGGCAUUCAAACUAUCAUUAACCAUUGAAAGACACGAUCAAGAAGAAUCCAUGGAGCUUGAGCUACUGUCCGAGUUCCCACCUAGACCCCACUAUGAUUCAUGUCUCGCAGUUUCGGUUCGAUUACCUGGUCAUGGUGGGCAAAACAAGGGCGUCAAGAAAACAAUGCUACUCCGGACAAUAGGCAAUGGACGCCCAGACGAUGAGGAUAUCAUUCUAUCUGCUGCGGACGAACUUUUGUUUCUAUCGCACUUUUUCCCUAUCAAGACGGUCGUUCUGUUUUGGUGGGAUCUGUCUUCGCCAUCCAAGGAGUUUGCAAGUAUUGACCGCUUCAGCCAGCAUUUGACGGAGGAAUUUGACGGACCUGAUCAAUGCGCGAUACUCACUGGAAUACAUUUUACCUCUGACUCGAAGAAGAACACGGAUUUAUAUCCUUUCAUCAAAAAGGAAGGAGACCAUUACAAAGCUGUUGGAGUGUGUGAUAUAGAAAACCCUGAAUACCUCUUUUUCGGUUGUACUAUACCCGAGCAAACAUUCGUUAUUAGAUGAAGUUCACCAUAUAUUAAAUCAUACUCCUCGCGUUUCAUAAACAUGCCACUACCUAUCAG